AUGGCGACGAGCACGGCGAACCCCAACACCACGGGGAAGAGGCUCAAUGUCCUCGUUUACUCUGGAGAUGGAACCACCGUCGAAUCCGUCCGCCACUGCCUCUACACGCUCCGCCGCCUCCUAGCCUCCCGCUAUGCCGUUAUCCCCGUUACAGCAGACAUGCUAAUCAAAGAACCAUGGACUCUUACAUGCGCACUACUCGUUAUCCCCGGUGGCGCAGAUCUAGGCUACUGCCGCGCGCUCAAUGGUGCAGGGAAUCGCCGAAUCGAACAAUUCGUUCGCCGCGGGGGCGCCUACCUCGGUUUCUGCGCGGGAGGAUACUACGGGACGAAACGAUGCGAGUUCGAGGUCGGUGAUAAGACUAUGCAAGUUAUUGGGGAGCGCGAAUUGGCAUUCUACCCGGGGAUCUGCCGCGGAGGUGCAUUCAAAGGCUUUGUCUACCAUAGUGAGGCUGGGGCAAGGGCUGCCGAGCUGACGGUUUCGAAGGAGGCGUUGAGUGCUGGUGUGGUUCCGACUAGCUUCCGGUCAUACUAUAAUGGUGGAGGAGUGUUUGUUGAUGCGCCAGCAUAUGCGGAUCAGGGCGUUGAGGUUCUUGCGAGCUACGCGGAGCGUCUCAAUGUGAAUCCUGGAUCUGGGGCUGCCGCGGUGGUGUAUUGCCCCGUGGGCGAUGGCGCUGCUAUAUUGACUGGGCCGCAUCCUGAGUUUGCGGCUGUCAACCUCGAUCCCAAGGCCGGAGGCCCGGAAUACGCUGAAGUGGUAGAAGCUUUGGCUGCGGAUGACAAAGCCAGGACCGACUUCCUGAAGGCCUGCUUGUCUAAACUAGGGUUGCAGGUAGCACAAGAUACAACGCAUGUUCCCUCUCUGUCGUCUUUGCAUUUUUCGUCCUUGUCCUCAGAUGAUGCAGAACGGGUGCUAAGAUCGCUCGAGGAACUAGCCGGCGAGGAGAGGCUCCUGAAAGACGAACACGACACCUUUAAGAUUGAGAAGUCGGGUACAUAUAAUAUGGGCGACCUCACAGAGUCCCUUCCGCUAUCCAAGGAGUCAUCCGAGUUUUCUGAACAUGAAGGGAUUGUGGAUUAUCAGUCAAUUGUCAAGCGCAUUGUCGUCCACGAUGACGUCCCAUCAUCUAAAAUGACUCCAUAUUUCAACCAUCAUGCUUUCUAUAGCCAUCUUCGGGAUUAUCAGGCUCAAUCAAAGGAAGGUGCUUCUCUUUUCGGCUCGAAUCUUCUGUACGGCGAAGUCGUCACCAGCACCAACACAAUUCUCGAAAAAAACGCUAAGCUCCUCCGCAAACUCCCCGUCGGCACGACCGCAACAGCUACCACCCAAGUAGCCGGCCGAGGACGGGGCUCCAACGUCUGGGUAUCUCCAGCCGGUUCUCUCAUGUUCUCGACCGUUGUUCGCCACCCCAUGGAGAAAAUGCAGUCUGCUCCUGUCGUCCUUAUACAAUACCUUGCGGCGAUGGCAGUCGUCCAGGGAGUACGAAGCUACGACGAGGGUUAUAACGCCAUGCCAGUCAAGUUGAAAUGGCCCAACGACAUCUACGCUUUGGACCCCGAACAACCCGAACACAAGAAACAGUACACCAAAAUCUGCGGCAUUCUUGUAAACUCCCAAUAUUCUUCAAACGAAUACACCUCCGUCGUCGGCAUCGGCCUCAACGCCACCAACGCUUCCCCAACAACAUCUCUCACAGCGCUCGCUGCCCGCUUUGUAGGCCGCAAGGCUGCCCCCGUCACGCUAGAGAAACUCCUCGCGCGUAUUUUGACUGUCUUUGAAGACCUUCAUACACGGUUCCUUCGUACUGGUUUCGACCGCAGCUUUGAGGAAAUGUACUACGAGUCCUGGCUUCACACGAACCAGAUCGUUACGCUUGAGGCUGAAGGCGGGGUACGCGCCAGGAUCAAGGGUGUUACUCGCGAUUAUGGAUUGCUGCUUGCUGAGGAGCUGAGUUGGGACGAUCGACCUACGGGGAAGGUGUGGCAGCUGCAGAGCGAUAGUAAUAGCUUUGAUUUCAUGAAAGGGCUGUUGAAGAGGAAGGUCAAUUGA